UAAUGUGGUUAAUGUGACCUGUCAGUGGGUGGAGCAACUGUCCUUUUGGCCGACGGUGAUGCUGCUGAUGAGGAGGAGCUAGCUGCAGAUGUUGACUCUGCCUGCGGACUGACUAGUCGAAGUUUGUCUCAAGUCGGAAACACGGCACAUGUGUCGCUGCACGCUCCACUGGAGAGAGAAAGGGAAAAAGAAGACAGCACAACGAAGAUUAAUCCAGUGGAGAAUUCAACAAUACCCUUUGAGACCGGCAUAGUCUUAUAAGCCUUCCAGUGACACUCCCACGUCGCUUUCCACUUGUCUUGGUUCUGCAGUCUGUCGUCUUUAUUACUCCCCCGUCACUUCGUCCUGUUACCUCUGAGUUGAGGCUGAAGGAGAAUGGUUGCUGAGGUGGAUUCAGUUUCUCAGGGCAGCGGUGUUCGGCUGAAGCAGGAGAUUUCCCUCCUCCAUGGGGUCUGUCUCAUCGUGGGAAAUAUGAUAGGCUCUGGCAUCUUUGUCUCACCUAAGGGUGUCCUUAAGUACACGGGUUCAUUUGGCCUGUCGCUGGUAGUGUGGGCCAUUGGAGGGAUUUUUUCUGUGUUUGGAGCAUUAUGCUAUGCUGAGCUGGGUACCACCAUCCAUAAAUCUGGAGCCUCCUAUGCCUACAUCCUGGAGGCCUUUGGAGGUUUCUUGGCUUUUAUACGACUGUGGACGUCGUUGUUGAUAGUCGAGCCAGCUUGUCAGGCAGUGAUAGCCCUGACCUUCUCUAACUACCUGGUCCAGCCCUUCUACCCCACCUGUAUAGCCCCCUAUGACGCCGUCCGCCUCAUUGCUGCUGUGAUCAUAUGUCUGCUGACUUGUGUGAACUGUAUGAAAGUGAAAUGGGGCGCUAUUCUUCAGGUCAUCUCCACUGUGGCCAAGGUCCUAGCUCUUAUUGUCAUCAUCAUUACUGGCCUGGUUAAGCUGGCACAAGGAUUCGACCAGAACUUUGAGGACUCAUUCAAGGGCUCCAAGCUGAACCCAGGUGACAUGGCCCUGGCCCUCUAUUCAGCACUGUACUCCUACUCUGGCUGGGACACACUCAACUUCAUCACGGAGGAGAUUAAAAACCCAGAGAGGAAUCUGCCCUUGUCGAUCGCUAUUUCCAUGCCCAUUGUCACAGUGAUCUACAUCUUGACCAACGUUGCUUACUACGUCGUCAUGGAUGCAGACCAAGUGCUGACCAGCGAAGCUGUUGCUGUGGUGAGUAUCUGCCUAUUAUUGUGGGGCUCAGAAUAAAUUUUGUGCAUUCUC